AAGGCUCCACCAGAGCCAAGAGCUCAGUGAAAGCACCGCAGGGGCGAGGGAGGAAAGAAGAGGAAAUUCUAGGUCGCGCGAAUCCAGGCGUCCGGAGCAUCCGAUUUGCAGCAGGGAUCUUCUUUUCCUCCGGAUUUUAGGUUUAGGGCUUGGGAGCAGCAGCAGCGAUGACGCGGAUCUGCGCAGGCUCCCGCAGGUGGAUCCAAGAAGAAAGAUCCGCCGCGCGGGGACGAGGAUUCCAUGGCGCCGUGAGGUGAGUGGUGCCCUAGGCUAUAGCUCAAUGCGCGGGAAGAAGAGUUCUGGGAUGAGGAUUGUAGAUUCAGGAUAGAUCGAGAAUCGAAAAAAUUCCUAGGUCGGGCAAAAGACGAAGAAGAAAUGGUACGCAUUCUUGGCUAUAACUCGGGGGCCGAGGCCGAGGAGCCUCGCGAGAUCACGAGAACUCCCAGUAGCUCCGGGGACAAUGGCUGGCUCAUCCGGUUCUUCGAUUCGGCCUUUUUCUGCGAAUGGAUCGCCGUGAGCUAUUUGUACAAGCACGAGCACUCCGGGGUCCGGGACUAUCUUUGCAACAGGAUGUAUACGCUGCCCAUCACCGGCAUUGAGAGCUACCUCUUCCAGCUCUGCUACAUGAUGAUCACCAAGCCGAGCCCCUCGCUGGACAAGUAUAUCGUGGAUAUGUGCACCAAGUCCUUGAAGAUUGCCGUCAAGGUCCAUUGGUUUCUCCUGGCCGAGGCGGAGGAUCUAGAUGACAACGAAGAGAUUCGCAGGCUCCAAGAGAAGUGCCAAUUGGCGUCGCUGGCCGGCGACUGGCCGCCGCUGAUAAAGCCGCAAAAGGCUAUCACCAGUCCCAGCGGUAAGAGUCGCAUGUUCAAGCUCCUUUCAUCUUCGUCACGAAGGAUACUCCCGUUGACAUCUUCUCCUAUCCAGAAGUCCGCCGCCGUCGCCUCCGCCACCGCUACUGCUGCAGCCGUGAGUGAUGAUGCACCAGGAUCGAAGGCUUCCGCAGGGGUGAAAGGCUCGCAGGAAGAGUCGUCGGAGUCGUCGUACAGGGUCUUCAAGAAGCUGAUGCCCGCCACCAAAGUUCGCGACGUGCUGAAAAAGUUCCGGGACAAGGAGGAGGAGGAUCCGGAUCAGUCCAAGGAUGCCGAGCAGGAAAGCUUCUUUCGCAGGCUCUUUCGAGACGAUGAACGGGUCGUUCGCAGUGACGAGCUAGCCACGGAGAGUUUCUUCCGGAGGAUUUUCCGAGACAAGAGCGAUGGAGAGGAUCGGGUGAGAGGAAGCGUGGACGAGGACGAGGUGAAAGGCUUGCUUUUCAUGUUCAAGAAGAUAUUCCGGGAGAAGCACGACGAUCGGGACAAAACAGACGACGAAGAGAAGAUUUGGGAUGAAGACGAAGGGUCCGAGUUUUUUCUUUUUAGGAAGUUUUUCCGGGUUCAUCCGGAAGAAGAAAGCAUCUUCGACAGCGCCACCUUCGGAACCCCGGAGAACAGCCCAGGCGCAGAUGGAUUUUUUAAGAGAUUGUUUCGGGACAAGGACCGCACCGGGGACGAGAGUCGAUCGUCUUCUAAAAAGGAAGACCGUAGCAGCCCGAGUUUAUUCAAGAGGCUUUUCAAAGACAAGGCCGAGGAUUCUGUUGCGACCGAAGAUAGCGUCAACUCCGUCUCAAGUCCUGACAACGCGAAUGCUUCUGAGGUCUCAUCUGAUAGUGGCAGAACGGUCUGCUCUCAUGUGGAAGUUGGCACUAACGACUCAGAGCAAUCUUUUGAGCAUAGGAUGCCAUCCACGAGGCUCGACUUCGAAGACAUUGACCAGAGAUCAGACAGUAGUACAGACACAGUUGUCUCCGAGAAGCCUACGGUACCUGAGAAAACGUCUGCGUUUGCUGCAGCGCACAAGCUUUUUACGACCGGUGAUUGGUCCUUGAUGAGCAACGGCAAACCCCAAAAUAAAAGGCCUGGAUCUCCAAAACAAAAAACCGAGAGGGGGUCCAGUAAACCGCCGUUGCCAAGGUAUUCCUCUUUCCACAUUCGAAAGGGAACGUACCAUGCCACUUUAGAUUUUGUGAGAUCGUUAUGCGACAUAGCAUCUGGUUUAGUCGAUGUGUUUCCAAUGGAAGACCGACGGAAGGCUCUUCACGAGUCCUUGGCAGAACUGAACAAUCAUUUGGCAAGUGCGGAGCAAGAUGGAGGUGUGUGUUUUCCGAUGGGGAAGGGUUUGUAUCGUGUUGUACACAUACCGGAAAACGACGCGGUGUUGAUGAACUCGAGGGAAAAGGCUCCGUUCCUUGUUUGCUUUGAGGUUUUGAAAUGUGAAACCGAGAGCUCUGUCAGGGAUAGUAGAGAUUCAUCAAUCAGGCCUCGAGGAGGGAUUCCCCUUGCAAAUGGAGACGCGCAUGUUCAGCGUCCACCUCCUUGGGCUUAUCCCGUAUGGAACUCUCAACAAUCGGGUUCUGAAAAUUACUUGCGCAGUGCUUCCCGUGCUAUCGAUCGAGCCAUGGCACACGACUGGGAAACCAACGUCAAAGUUGUCGAGCUGAACUUGCAUGUCUUGGAACGGACGGAUGAUUCCGACAGGGGAGAGAAAUGCAACGAGUCUGAAUUGGUGCAAGUCAGUUUGCGAGCGGUUGUUGAUAUGAAUAUGGAAGAUGUCGGAGAGGAUUUCACUGCAAAAAGAAAGGAUCAUCGCCGUGUUCCUAGUACUGUAGCAAUGGAUGCUGUCAGGGCUGCAGCUGCAAAAGGUGAAGCUCCGCCAGGUCUUCCGCUGAAAGGAAGUGGCACAGUAACGGAUCAACUCGGCAAAUCUUCUGAUGUCGUCGGCGGCGAACUAUGGGACAUCAAAAAGGGAAAGAUCAAGAAAACGUCCGUCUUUGGUGGGCUUCCUGGCUGGGAUUUACGAUCUGCUAUUGUUAAAAGCGGUGAUGAUUGCAGGCAAGAGCACUUGGCCGUUCAGCUUGUAUCCCAUUUCUAUGACAUUUUUCAGGAAGCUGGCCUUCCUCUAUGGUUGCGUCCAUAUGAGGUUCUAGUGACUUCCUCCAGAGCAGCGCUGAUUGAGACGAUUCCGGACACUGCUUCCGUUCAUGCCAUAAAAACGCGAAACACAAGCUUGAGAGAAUACUUUUGCAAAAAGUACGACGAGAAUUCGCCAGCGUUUAAGCUUGCACAGAGGAAUUUCGUGGAAAGCAUGGCCGGCUAUUCGAUUCUAUGCUACUUUCUUCAGGUGAAGGACAGACACAAUGCAAACUUGCUUAUCGACGAGGAUGGGCACAUCGUCCAUAUUGAUUUCGGUUUCAUGCUGUCUAAUUCUCCUGGUGGAGUUAACUUUGAGAACGCCCCUUUUAAAUUGACUCGGGAACAAUUAGAGGUGAUGGAUUCAGACGCAGAAGGGACUGCCAGCGAGUUUUUUGAUUAUUUCAAGGUGUUGUGUAUCCAGGGCUUCCUUACGUGUCGGAAGCACGCAGAACGGAUAAUUCUUCUGGUGGAAAUGAUGCAGGAUUCGGGAUGUCCUUGCUUUCGUGGAGGUCCCAAAACGAUCCUGAAUUUGAGAAAGCGUUUCCAUCUUAGCUUGACUGAGGAGCAAUGUGUCUCCUUGGUCUUGUCGCUCAUCAGCAGUAGCUUAGAUGCUUGGCGUACUCGGCAGUAUGAUUACUAUCAACGUGUUUUGAAUGGAAUCCAAUAGCUCUCUCUCCCAGAUCACUGGCGGAUUUUGGUGGUUCUUCUUCUUCUCUCUUUUCCAUGUUUCAUAUAAUUUUGGGCCGAGAGCUCACUCUUCUUCUUUUGUGCGCGGGCGUAUCAUCCAAGGCAUUCGUGGAUGAAUAAGAAAGAGCAAGAAAGCCGACUUGUGGCACCUCUUCUAUGUUAAUGUAAAUAUCUGUCCAUUUGGUA